AUGCGAGCCGGGUGUGUCAUCUGUGGGGAUCUCUUCAUAGCAACCACUGAUGUUUCUGCUGCUCCAUGUGGCCACACUUUCCACUCUGCCUGUAUCAUCCAGUGGAUUGAAAGAGAAGAAUAUAAGAGUGUUGAAAGUCAAGUACAUGUGAAAGAGACAACGAUAUUGGCUCUUAAGACGCAGCUACAAUUUAUGGAUCGUAUCACUAAAGAAGCGCAGAAAGCUAAGGAAGAAGCAAAGAGUUUACGUGACCAGCUGAGAGUUCUCCAGAACGUGGAGAGUAUAGUGUCUGGGACCAGUGAAGAUGUGGAGGAAAUGUUAAGUUCUUAUUCUUGCAACCCUGACAGCACAAGGUCUUUGGCUACUUUUUGCUCAAUACUGAAAAAGGAACUGAACAAGACAAUAGAUGAUAAGAAGAAAUUCAGGGAUGAUGUUUCAUUGCUAAGAAGUAAACUCAAAGAUGUCAGACAGAACUAUAAUGCUGCUGUAACUGAAUUGAGUGUAUUACAACAAGCAAACAGGAACCUUCAGGAUGAUGUACAAUCUUUGGAACGAGACAAUGCUAGCUUGAAGAAGAAAGUCAGUGCUCUGGAACAAGCAGUAGCUUCACCCUCAGAUAAUGUGAAAAACAGUGUGAUUCAUCGUUUGAUAGCCGAGAGUCCCGCCCCAGCAGACCUCAAGCGUCCUCACACCUCUGAUGAGCCUGCGAUUGUUGUUUCCGAGGUCGUGCGUAAAGUGGCACGUUGUGAAGCAGUAGCUCCCUCGGAUGAUGCUGCAAGUGUUCUGCUCUCCCCAUUAGGUCAACCUGAUCCAUCACAACUUUCUCUCAGGACGAAUCUCUUCACCAAGCACCACUCGCGCAGCAAUAAUGUUACUCGCCCCAAGAUCAACAACUCCCACAAUAUAUUCGUAAAAAAUAAACCUUCACUUCAGGAUCUUGGCAAGAGCCAGAAGACAAGCGACACCAGACCUGGACCAGAUCAUGUCGGCUAUGACGGUCUCGGAGGUCAUCACAAAGUGGACGAGUUCCCCAAACCAAAGUUGUCUUUCGUUAAAAAGAAAAAUGCUGUGAAAGUGGUUCUGAAGGGUGGCUCGGGUAGCAAAGUUCAAAGCACUACCCUCAGAGACUUCUUGUAUAAUACAUUUGAUGAUUAGAAUUUAAAAAAAAAAAAAAUUAGAUCUUCAAGAAAGGCAUUACAUAAAAUUAUUGCAUGUAGUGUGGAUACCAAAGGCUUAUAUUGGAAUAUACAGUUUGUUUUUCAUUGUAUGUAUAAAUAACAUUUUACUACCCUUGAUAAGUACAUGUAUUAAUUUUUUUCCUUUAUACAUUACACACUUGAGCUGUGCCCACCAAGACAUGAUGAAAUGAAGAAGGAAGCACAUUCACCAUCACUCAUUUUUUAGUUGUCUUUCCAGAAGUGCAUAGACUUCAAAAUUCAAAUGAUCCUCUGAAUUGCAGCAUCCCUAGCUAUCAUUCAGAGAGCAGGAAAGCCAUUUAGCUGGAUUUGAGUCCUGAAGGUGGGAAACACAGUGCCUGUGCACUCUGAAGGAUGGGUGAGGAUGUUACAGUUCUGGAGUUGAGAAGUACAGUUCUUGUACUCUGAAGGAUGGGUGGGGAUGUUACAGUUCUGGAGUUGAGAAGUACAGU